AGGAUUUCAAAACAUUUUCCAUACGUCAUAGAUUCACGAUAUAUAUAAGUGAAACAAAAUGAUAGGUUGUCGUAUUAAUUUGAUUAAACUAGAGCUUGUGUUGGUGAUAAGAGCCUUGGUAUUAAAACAGACAUGGAUAAGGUACAGUUGGCCGGGUUGAUCCUUGUAGCAUGUUUCACAUUUGGAUCUUUUGCACAACGGAACAUAUUCCAGACGUCAUGUCCCAUGGGAUGCCUGUCGAGUACAUGUUACAUAUCGACGGGAUGCACCGGAAGUUGCAUGGCUGGAUGGUGCAAAUUUUACGGUGGUAGAAACGUGGGUAUGGUUUGUACUCCACGCUGUAGCAGAGGACAGGUCUGCCAGAACGGCUUCUGUACGCGGGACAGAACACCAACAUGUACACCACGGUGUAGGAAAGGGCAAGUCUGCAAGAACGGCAUCUGUACGCGGGACAGAACGUCAACAUGUAUUCCACGAUGUAGGAUAGGACAGGUCUGUAAAGACGGCAUCUGUACGCGGGACAGAACGUCAUGUUUUCCACCCUGCGGAAGUUGGCAGGUCUGCCAGAGAGGCUUUUGCCGGAGCGCCAGCAGGUCAAGAUCGUAAAACUCCAUUUCUCGCAGUUGAAGUUCGCUAAAAUGACCAUCAACGGUUUCACGAGAUCACAAAUUUAAACCAAAGACAUUCGACUAAACUGGAAACGGAUGCGACUUUUCAAUUUGAUAAUGGCAAUACAAUUCACCGUUCACGUUUUGUUAUUCGAUUUUCAUAUCUAGUCACUUUAAAACCUUACAUAAUCUAUAGAAUCUUAAAACAAACUCUAUUAGAAAUGGUAACGAAACGAAAGGCAUCUGCUUCUGUAGAUCGUGAACAAAUGAGAUCUUAGGCUACAUUUGUAGAUAUAAAAAUCGUCACAUUAAAUGUACAGUCUUAUGUCCACUGUUUUAAUUACAUUAUGCUUUAUUUAUACGUAGUCCAUUCCAUACAAUUUGGAUUGGAGUAUAGGUAAUGAAUCUAAUAAACAAAUACAAUA